CAUCUCCCCCUCUCUCUUCGUAAUCCUCAUCAAACCCUAACCCUAACCCUCCUCAUCCCCCUCCUCCUCCUGCGCCUCCGCCAUGGCCGCUGCCGCCGCCGCCACCACGGCGCUCUUCCCUUCCCGCGUCGCCGCGCCGCCUCGCCGGAACCCUCGCCACCCACCUCGGAUUUGUAACUUCUCCUCCUCCAGGAAAUUAAACUUCAAUUAUCGCGGCUAUCCGUGUUUAAGGCCGAAAACGAGUGGGAAAGUAAUUUGUGGCCAAAUAGAAGUAGUGGAUGGUGUUGAUGAUGAAGCUUGCGAACUAGUCAAUGGAGCUGAUCUUAUCAUAGGGGAGGGUGACGAUAGUAUUCACGCAUAUCUUUUGAAAGCAGUUAAGAACAACAAUGGGACUGGCGUAUUGCUUUUGUCCGAUAUCUUUGGAUUUGAAGAUUCAUCAACAAGGGACUUUGCUUAUCGGGUUGCUUGCAAUGGCUACAAUGUUCUGGUACCUGACUUGUUUCGUGGAAACCCUUGGAAGAAAAGCCGGCCGAUGGCCGAGCUCGAGCAAUGGCUCGCAACGCAAACCCUAGAAAGGGUUGCCAAGGACAUUGACACAUGUGCAAAGUGGCUGAUGGAUGAAUUCGCAGCCGCGGGAAUAUCAAAGAAGCUCGGGAUCAUCGGAUUUUGCUUCGGUGGCGGACGAUUGAUAGAGGCACUGGCCCGCGAUUACGAUUGCGAGUACUUUGGCACCGGUGUAUGCUUCUACGGGACUAGUGUGGACCCUUCAUUAGGAAGCAGGAUUAAAGCACCGGUUCUCUUUAUUGCUGGCGAUAACGACCCGCUUUGCCCCUUGAGUGUAUUAGAGGAAAUCGAGAAAAAGAUCGAAGGAUCGAGGCUCGCAAUUUAUCUCGGAAGAAAGCAUGGCUUCGCGCAUCGACCAGAUUCUCAGGAAGAAGAUGCGGAUGCUGAGGAUGCCUUUACCGCCAUGAGGAAUUGGUUGCAUGAUGCAUUACUUGUAAAUGAUGAUAGUGUUCUAUAAGCAUCAACAUGUUCUCUCUCUGCGCACUUUUGAUGGGCUGUUCUAUUGUAAUUAUUUCUAAUUUCUUGUGGAUUGCUUAUUAGCUUUUUCGACACCAAACUUGUUGUUUCAUCCUGAGAAAAGAGAUGCUGUGUUUAAAGAGUGUCAAUUGCAGCAGUUUGAGAUGUCUAAGUUAACAAAAACCAAAAAAAGAGAAGAUUCUUGCACCUGUUUUCACACUUUAUAUGAAAAGCAUUUAGGCUGUUGGCAGUGGAUGGAGACUUUGUAUUUUGGUGACAUAAUAUUCAGAUUCCAAGCUUGUGCAUGUCAACAAGAAACUUUUUAUUAUUGCUUUUCCUUGAAGCAUUUGCUGA